AGAGCACCUGGUUUAAAAAGGACUUCACUGCAGUCAGUGAGGGGUGUGCGAGGAGCUGGGAGCAAGAGGUGCAAGAAGCUGAGAAUGAGUAGACGUUCUGUUGGAGUACUGAGAAGUACAAGUGUUAUCAGACAUCAGGAGGAAGGUCCGGUGGUGAGGACAAAGAAGGUGUUGGGAGGAGGCCAUGGGGAAGUAGCCCAGGGAGUUGUAGCUGUCACGCAGCUGUUACAGGAGACACUAAAGACAGUUACCGUCCACAGGGCCCUGGGCUGGACCCCGAAGUAGAGGGCUGGCCUGGGUUCCCACCAACUCCCUAUUUGAUAUGAAAGGAGUCGAUCUGGACUGUGGGUCCCACUGGAGGGGAAGAUCUCUGGCCUGUCCCCUGACCCAUUAGGUGGGCCAGCAGAGACUGUGGGGGAUUGUUCUGCUCCUUUUCCCCAUGCUGGCCAGUGAUGAGGUUAGCCGAAUGAACGGCAGGUUUGUGCCACUAACAAAAGGAGCCAAACUGAGGACUGCCCAAAACCUCUGAGGCAAGCAAAUCCGCCAGAAAGUGCAGAACCUCCAAGGCAAAGGAGGAACUUUGUCACAACACCAAAAUAGUACUAAUUGCUCUCAAUCAGUUUGUAAGCACCUAGAGGAUAUAGGGUUAUAAGGAAUAGCCAGCAUGGAUUUGUCAAGAACAGAUCAUACCAAACAAUCUAAUUUCCGGGUUUGACAGGUUUAUUGGGCUGGCUGAGCAGGUGGGAGGUUGAGGGGGAAAGGGAGGGAAGCAGUAGACAUGAUAUAUCUUGAUUGUAGCAAGGCUUUUGACACAGGCCUACAUGACAGUGUUCUGAGCAAACUCGGGAAAUGUGGUCUAGAUGAAAUUACUAGGUGGAUGCACGACUGGUUGACAGACCAAAAUCAGAGUAGUUAAUCAAUGGUUCACUUUCAGACUGACAGGGUGUAUCUAAUGGAGUCUCUUAAGGGUCAGUCUUAGGGCUGGUCUAGUCAAUAUUUUCAUUGAUGACUUGGAUAAUGUAGCGGAGAGUGUGCCUAUAAACGUUUCAGAUAUCAACAAGCUUGGAGGGGUUGCAAACGCAUUGGAGGACAGGAUUAGAAUUCAAAAUUGGAAGAUAUCUGAAUUUCAUCUUAUUGAAUUUAGACUAAGUGCACAUUACUUCACUAAGAAGGAACCAUCAAAUGCACAACUGCAAACUGAGGAAUAACUAGCUAGGCAGUGGAACUGCAGAAAAGGAUCCGGGGGUUAUAGUGGAUAACAUUGAAUGAGUCAAUGUAAUGCAGCUGUGAGAGGCUGAUAUGUAAGAGACUGGAGGUAAUUGUCCUGCUCUACUUGUCACAACUGAGGACUCAGCUGAAGUACUGUCCAAUUCUGGGCACCACACACUAGGAAAGAUUUGGAGAGUCCUGAGGAGAGGAGAGAACUGUCCAUAUGCAAACUGAUUCUGCAUCUCCUCCUUGAGUCUGCAAGUAGCAAUGGUGCCACCACUGUUCUAUAGCUUUGCAAAGCACACUGUUCUAUUUCACUGUGGCUAUUCAGAAUUGCGUGGGCAGCUUGACACUGGCAAGAACAUCCAUUUGCUGUUUGGAAAAGUUAUGAGCAGGCAUUGGAGUUAUUCACUGAGGCAAAAGACACUUCCCCUCCCCACACCACUUUAAAAAAAAAAAAAAAGGCUGGUUGAAGAGUUACACUAGUUGAGAUGACUUCUCUUCUAUCCGUCCUGGCCCUCCUUAUGGCAGCCAUGUGGCUUGUGGGGAUAGAAGAGACAAAAUUCCUCCUUCUGUUGUGCAUCUGUGGUGUGUAAGAGUGUGGCGCUUCAGAUUAGAGCCCUGCGCAGAACUUUUUAAAAUUCCAUUCCCACCUAUUCCUGCUGUUAUGGCAUCAGGUCCUACGGGAUCCCAGUCCCGCUGCAGGGCUCUACUUCCGAUUGUUGUAAGAUAUUACAAGCCAGAGGCUGAGAAGAUAGAGGUCUAAGCAUAGUCCAGAGAAAACACUGAAGUUUGGUUUUUCAUCAGUUUGGUGCUCCUUCACGUCGCUGAUGAAUGGACUCUUACCCUUGUCUUUUAUAUCUCCAUCUGGCUAGUAGAUGUUUGGUAAGUUUUUCAAGACCUGCUGGUAGCCAAGGCCUUUCAGCAGACAAAUGCAGCUGGAUAAUCUCCCCCUCACUUAUACCAAGCCAAAAAACAAUUUUUUGGGGUGGGGGGAGGAACACCCCCCUCACUUCCCCCAAGUGCAUUUUUGUUCCAGAUCUCAUCCAUGUUGCAAACUCAAGCUGGCAACUUUAGUAUCUUGCUCAGCUUUAGUCCUGACUUAGUUAGAAUUAACUUUUGUAAACGCAAACUCUUAAGUAAUGAUACUUGAUGGGCCCAUUCCCAGAGUUGAGUUUUGAGGUAGGAAACUAAAUCUUUUUUUGUGUAUGCCUCCAAUUUAAAUUCCUGUAGCUAUGCCUAAUAGUACUAGUACUCAGUUGUGUGGAAAAUACUAGCUGCGGAAACUAGGCCAGACCUUACUACUGAACUUGGAAAACUGAAUACAAUGUCCAAAUAGGCAAGUACGUCUCAACAGUGCUGUGGGGGAUAGGUGUAAAGGGUUGGCUCUAGAGUGCUAUGCGACAAACUCUGUUUAUAGAUCCCUGGUGGAAUAGGCGCUAACACUAACUUAAACAGGUGUUCUCUGCAAUACUCAUCUUUGAUAUAGGACAAGAACUAUUUAGCUUUGACUCUAUCAAGACCCAGAAAAUAUGCACAGUUAUAGGAGUUGAGGAAAUCUGAGACUCAUAUCCUAGGAUCUGCCCGACUUCUAAUGUUUGCACAUCAUCUUCUGUUGAUGGAAUGAAGACAAUAUCAUGUUUCCUGUGAAAUUCAGUUAAUCUUGGGACUGUAAGUAGAAAGGUUUUAAAGAUCAUUCUGUUGCUAUGAAAGCUAAGAGGAGAAAGAGCCUUGUGGUAAUUAUCCAUUAAGCUUAUUUCUGUAAGAGCUGAGGGAGGUACUGAUGCAGGGUGCUCAAAAUGAAGUGUAGAGCCUUCAAGGGAAAAUGAGGUUCCAGGCAGGAACUUGACUGUUCCCCACUGCUUUGAAAGACUUUUUUCAGAACUAUAAACUGAGUACUACCCUUUUUUAUUUAAGUGGGCCAUGAGACAUCAUGUGUUCACAUGCUUGGAAGCAGAAAUUUCUUAUUUUCAUAGACUGGAGUGCAUGUGUUCUUAGAACUGGAUAACAAUAGACAGCUCUUGCCAAGAAUCAGACGAAUGGUCACUAUCAUGCCACUGGAGUCUUUAGGCUUUGUGGUAAACUACUGAAUGUCUUACUAUGCCACAAAACCAUUGGAAUGCAUAGGAGCUCUACUCAGAGGUGUCCCUGUCUGAGAGCAGGAUCCAGGAUACUGUAGGCCUGCCAGAAAUGACUUGUCAGAACCAGCAGAUGUUGGCUAGGAUUCUGCUAUCAAUGAGUCAAAUGGUGGCAGCAUCAUUUGUUUAUACCUAAUGAUUUGUCCCCACAAGUGACAGCUGUCACUGGAUCCUGAGGUACCUGUGAAAGCAACUCAUACGAGUACCUGCUGCAUUGCAUCCUGGUGAUGGGAGACCUCUACCUUCUGGGCUUGAUUGAGAUUAUCAUUGGACUGUCAGUUGGAUCUGGACUUCCACGUUCCUUCAGCUCAAAUUGGAAUGACCGCAGUGCGCAUUAUUAUGGUUUGACUAAACCCAGUCAAGAGAGCCUCACACCCAAGACACUUGCUUUCUCUGUGAAUUACAGCUACACACAAAUCAUCUGGAGAUUAGGGCAAACCAGAGCCUAUAGGGACCUGGUAUUCCACCAGGUGUCACUUAAAGUGAGAGGGAAAUAGGAUCAUGCCUGUGUUCAGAAGCCCUGUUGGUGUGGCAUAGCGAGCCGUCUCUCAACACACUUCUAGUGGGAAAGGAGAAGCAAAUUGGUGUCAACCCUCAAAUGAUCCCUGGAACGAUUCUUUUAAACAAAUCCAAGUAGUACGUGCUGCCCAUCCUGAGCACGCUAACUACAGGGACAUGCAGCAAGACUUUUCUAGCUGUUCACAACCACCACACCAGGGGCAUGUGGUGCUAAAUGAGUCAGGUCCUAAACCACUUAGGGCUGUAUCUAAGCAAACUGGGAACCAGUGGAACAUGCAGUGAGUACUGAUGUCUAUGGUUAUGUCAACACAGCACCCUAAGGCCAGGUCUGUGUGACCCACACCUGCAGACUCAGUGUUUCCAAGUCCAUGCUUGAGCAUCCACACUGCAUUGGAAAACCUGACCCUAAUGACCAUGCUGGCUCGUCCAUACAGCAGUACGCAGACCUGCGUCAGAAAUUCAGCGUCUGUGGCCAUAUAUUAUCAUAUACAAGGAUUCCUAGUGCCCUUGCCUGCUGAAGCUGCUCUGGGGCUUGUUUCAUAGUGGGCUGUGGGAGAACUUGUCUGUCUGUCCCACCAGAAUUGAAUGACAGUGUUUUGGGUGGCUUUGGCCUGCCCGCACAUUCGGACGAGCCAGUUUGUGUCCGCGCACUCUCAGCAGCCAGAGCCAACAUGGAUCCUGCCCCAGUGGAAGAACUUCUCUACCUAAUGCUCUGUCCUAACUUGGAAAACAGGCAGAGCACCUGCAAGAUGCUGGUGGACAUUUUGGCCUUUUCUGAGCUGCUAAAGACACCUCUCAAAGGGGCAUACUAAUGUGCCAGCUGCGACCCAGCUGAUGCUGCUCAUGCCUGUUGCUUUAGCGGCAGAUUCCACCUGCGUAGACUGGCGCUUCUGGAGCAGGGCCACCAGCACAGGCUACUGGGAUCACACAGUCAUGUUGGGAUGACUAUCAGUGGAUCCAGUACUUCCGAAGGAAGAAGCAGAUGUUUCUGGGGGUCUGUGAUCAGUUAGCCCCUACCCUCCGGUCCCCAGUCACCCACUUGAGGGAGGCCCUCCUGGUGCAGAAGUGGGUAGCUUUAGCAAUCUGGAAGCUGGCUACCCCCGACUGCUACAGGUCUGCGGCUAACCAGUUUGAAGUUGGCAAAUAAACGGUGAGGAUUGUGACAGAGGUUUGUGAAGCGAUCAGGACGAUGUACCCAAAGGUGGUGGGCAUGACAGGUGUUCCUGAAACAUUUGCAGGCUUUGAUUGAAUGGGCUUUCCAACCUGCACCGGGGCCAUCGAUCGGAUCCAUGCAUAUAGAUUGCCCUCCACAAGGAGCACGAGUACAUAAACCACAAAGUGUAUGACUCCGUCAUUAGGCAGGUUCAUGGACACUAACGUGGGAUGCACUGGCAGGGGGCAUGAUACCAGAGUGCUGGAGAUGGGGACUUUACCUUCAUUAUAAAUGGAACACUGUCCCCGCUGUUACUCUAGGGGACACUGCUUACCCAUUGUUGCCAUAGCUUAUGAAUCCAUACCAUGGUUUCAGAGGACCUGGCAAAAGAAGGGUAAGCUGCAGACCCAGUGACUGUAGAAUGGUGGUGGAAUAUGCAUUUGAAAUCCAUUCCUGCUGCCUUCAAAACCGUUUGGAUGCCAGUGUAGUCAGUACAGUCUGCAUUAUUGCGGCUUGCUGUGUUUUGCACACUGUCUGCAUGGAGAAGGGGGAUCUUUUUGCCAGGAGUGGACUCAAGACACUGCCAGAUUUCUGCAUAAGUGCACACAACCAGACAGUGAACCUGUGCUGACUGCUGCUGGAUCCACAUGCACAAUCGAAAUCAGGGAUGCCUUGUGUGCCCACGUAAUGGAUUUGCACAUUGGAGUUUUGAAUAAGUCCUUGCAUAUUGACAUGAAUAUUUAAAGGAGAUAAUCUCCAACUUUUGCUAGAUCUUCAAUUGUAGUGCUCAAGGAUAAAUGUUAAGAUGAAUUUUCAAGGAUCAACAAAAGUUUGUGCCUUCUCCCCUUUUCUAGAGAAUCUUAAAGAUGUGUUUUCUGUUUGGGCUUUUUAUACAGUAUUGGGAAUACUUAGUCUUGACUUUCUUCACUUGCAGGGGAAUCUGAAUGAAAGUUUGAGGUUGACCUGGGUUGUAGCACUCUUAGCACCCUGUGAUGGAGAAGGCCAAUUUUGGUGCUUUCAAGGCUAAGUUGGGACUUGCUGCUAUUAAUGUCUGUGUGUCUGUAUAAUGUGAAACUGUGACAAAGAUGUGGUGGCCAUUUAUUCUCUGCUAGGCCAGGAAGAAUUGUCCGCUCAAAAAAGAGAAGUUGUUUCUAAAUCCUUGACCUUGAAAAGGCCAUCUUAUUAAUGCUUCAUUCAAGACACUUAAUUUCAAGUGGGGCAAAAUCACGUCUGCAUUUUGCAUGCCCAUCUAAAUAUAUUUUAGGAUAAGUGCAUACAUUUAUCUUGCCUACUACUUCGUGUUCUCUUAAAAUGGAUUCUAGCUCUGUAUGUUCAAUGUUAGCUUAUUAACAAGCAGCGUUGAAAAUGCAAACUUCCCAAUGUACUUAAUUAAAAUCAGUGUUGUGUUGGAAUCGGAGUUCAUAAAUUUCAGCACACAAUCUUUUUCAGUAUACCUCUGUGAAACACUAGGUAAUAUUAAGUUAGUACAAUUUGGUAACCAAAACUGUCAAUCUUCUGUCAAUGGAAAUGUAGUAGUGUUCUAAAAAUAAGUUUUAUGUCCUCCUUUAACAUAGAAAUUAACAUAAAAAUUGAAUUUUUAUUUAAGUGAGAAGAGGUAGCAAAGAUCCUUGUUUGUGACAGAAGCUACGUUUCCAAAGGUCUUAGAGAGGGUUUCAGAAUAUUAAUGCUGAAAAGAUAAUUUUGGAAUGCGAGACUCCUUUACAAUUGAAAGAAAGUUGAGGUGCUAAGAUACAGAUGCUGCUCCGCAGCGUAUUACAUAUGGAGCUCAUAAAAAUAGACAGUUUUCUGUGUCAGAGAACUUGUGCCGUUGGGGACAAGAUCCAUGUGAAAUGGAGAAUAUAAUUAAUUCUGACAACUGGCCCAAGACAACUUACAAUACCUGCAAAGUCAUCAUUCAUAGCAAUAUGAUAAUGCCUUGACCCAUGCGUCAUCAAAUUAACCAUGGAAAAAGUAUAUGUGCAGUGUUGUAGCCAUGUUGGUUCCAGGGUAUUAGAGAGACAAGGUGAGUGGGGUAAUAUCCUUUAUUGGACUAACUUCUUUUAGUGAGAGAGACGCUUUCGAGCUACAGGGCUCUUCUUCAGAUCUGGCAAAAGUAUGUGACCUGUAAUUGCAUUAUUGGAAUUCAGAAAAGUGUUAUAUGUUUAGCUUGAUUCACUAAUUGUCUUUUCAAAUGUUAAUUUCUAGAUAAGAGUUCGGAGGAGGAUGCCCUGGUAGACUCUGAUGCCCUGGUUAACUCGGAAGAUGAAGCAGAUUUGAAGACACCUUGCCCUAUACAAAUUGUUCUUGCACAUGAAGAUGACCAUAACUUUGAACUUGAUGAAGAGGCAUUGGAGAACAUUUUGCUUCAGGAACACAUAAAAGAUCUCAAUAUAGUAGUAGUAUCUGUAGCAGGGGCUUUCCGCAAAGGGAAAUCGUUUCUACUGGACUUCAUGCUUAGAUAUAUGUACAACAAGAAUUCCUCGUGUUGGAUAGGUGGGAACAACGAGCCAUUGACUGGAUUUACAUGGAGAGGUGGAUGUGAAAGAGAAACAACUGGCAUUCAGAUUUGGAGUGAAGUGUUUGUAAUUGACAAGUCUGAUGGGACAAAGGUGGCUGUACUCCUUAUGGAUACCCAAGGUGCCUUUGAUAGCCAAUCCACUAUCAAAGACUGUGCGACGGUAUUUGCUCUGAGCACCAUGACGAGUUCUGUCCAGGUUUACAACUUGUCCCAGAACAUUCAAGAAGAUGAUCUCCAACAUUUGCAGUUGUUUACAGAGUAUGGAAGACUUGCUAUGGAGGAAAUUUACCAAAAGCCAUUUCAGACACUAAUGUUCUUAAUUAGAGAUUGGAGCUAUCCUUAUGAACACUCGUAUGGCUUGGAAGGAGGAAAAAAAUUUCUAGAAAAGCGAUUGCAGGUAAAGCAAAACCAGCAUGAAGAGCUUCAGAACGUAAGGAAGCAUAUUCGCUCGUGUUUCAGCAACCUUGGCUGUUUCCUGUUGCCCCACCCUGGUCUUAAAGUUGCGACUAAUCCAAAUUUUGAUGGGAGGUUGAAUGACAUUGAUGAUGAUUUCAAGAGAGAGCUGCGGGAUCUGGUUCCAUUACUACUUGCUCCUGAAAACUUGGUAGAGAAAGAGAUCAGUGGAUCCAAGGUGACUUGUAGAGAUCUUGUAGAAUAUUUUAAGGCUUACAUUAAAAUCUAUCAGGGAGAGGCGCUACCUCAUCCUAAAUCAAUGCUCCAGGCAACAGCUGAAGCCAAUAAUCUUGCUGCAGUAGCAGGAGCAAAAGACACCUACAACAAAGGCAUGGAGCAGGUUUGCGGGGGAGAUAAGCCUUACAUUGCUCCAUCGGACCUAGAGAGACAGCACCAGGGUUUUAAAGAGUCGGCUGUCAAACAGUUCUGUUCUGUGAAAAAAAUGGGAGGAGAGGAGUUCUGUCGGCGCUACCAGGACCAGCUUGAAGCGGAGCUCGAUGAAAUCUAUGCAAACUUUGUGAAGCACAAUGAUGGCAAAAACAUCUUUUAUGCUGCUCGUACCCCUGCCACUCUGUUUGCUGUUAUGUUUGCCAUGUAUAUCAUCUCAGGACUGACUGGCUUCCUUGGUAUGAACUCCAUCGCUAGCCUGUGCAAUCUCAUCAUGGGGCUAGCGCUGAUAUCCCUUUGUACUUGGGCAUACGUUAAGUACUCUGGGGAAUUCAGAGAAGUUGGAACAGCCAUUGAUCAAAUCGCUGAAGCACUAUGGGAACAGGUAUUGAAGCCCCUGAGUGAUAAUUUGAUGGAGGAUAACAUGAGGCAGUCUGUAACAAACUCUAUCAAAGCAGGCCUCACUGAACAGGUGUCUCAUCAUGCCAGGUUAAAGACAGACUGACAAUUCAUCUCCUCUUCAACUCUGCCCUCUCAUCCUAGACAUGCUGUACAAUGAGAACUCAAUACAAAUAAACCAAAGUUUACAAUCAACUAUAGAUGUAGUUUAGUGUGACUGGCUUCACUGAUUGGUGCCAUCAAGUAUGAAAAAUAAGUGUCAACGUUAAGCAUUCUCUUUAAUCUGCUUCUAAGACAGACCAGUGCCAUGGAGACUGGUAAAUGCGGGGACUCUAAAUGCAGUUGUUGUGUGUUGUGCACGUAUCCCAGGGUGAGUGACUUUCCUCCUUUUCUGAGAAGGUGCAGUGUCUGGUGUGCAAUGGAAAUGUAUCCUCUGUACAAGGAUAUUUCAGGGAAGUAAUUGUCAAAUGUGUACAAGGAAAUCUUGUAACUGUGUGUUUAGUCACCCAAUAUCCCAUUGGAACUUUUAACUUCCGGAGUAUUUAUAAAAUCACUGUAUCAAGAGUCAGACUGAAAUGUCAGUGCUAGCUGGCAUCAGUGAAGCCAAUAUUGAGCCACUGUAUAAAGAUCUUGCUUUACUGCUUUUUACACUACUGUUCUCCGAAUGCAUGUUGGUUCCCUACAAAAAAUGACAUUAGAACUAACUAUUGUAACCAAGGAAGUGAUUCAAAGUGUACAUUUGUCUUGCCUUUUUUGAUUCACAAACUUUGUCCUACAGGAGAUGCAUAUCAGAAAACUGAGCUGUCUUUUUCUGCAGUUUCGCCUUCAUGUAUCUAAUACGCCAUUAAUUUUACUGGGGGGACGUUCCAUCCAAAAAAAGUUGCCUACAGCUAUGAAGCAAUGAGUUAGGACUGUCUGUACAGCGUGUUUAGUUUUUAUUUUUAAGAAGUCAGAUAGGGCGUGUAUAUGAAAUAUAAAUAUAUAAAUACAAUUUUGUAUCAAAGUUUUGUAGUUUAUGGCAAAACCUGGUUCUGUGGUAGGCUAAGUACAGUCCCUGUGACGGAAUGCUUGUGGCUCAUGUAAACGUGUGAAUGCAUAAACGGUUUGACGUUUUUGAUAUAUUUGUGAUAUUUACCUGCCUUGAGCACUGCGAUCUCUCACCCCCUGGGAAAUCAAUGGGAAUGUUGGUUGUGAAACUUCUUGUCCUCUGUUGCAUUUUAAAGUUAUUUCCUGUAAUUUAUUUUCAGUACAUGAUUAAAAUAAGUUGUGUAUAUAUGAAA